CUUAUGUAGUAGUCGCAGUAGUGGCCGGAGUCUGCGAUAAGACUGGUGAAAAGAGACCGUUCAGUUUGAAGGCUGAGAGCAAUCUUGUGACAUACACUCGCACAUUCGAGAGUUUUCUUCCACUCUGUGUUCCUCCAUUUUUUGGUGGAUCCUCCGCACCAAUUGUUCAGAAUUGCAGUUCGCAGCAUCCGAUACCUACGGAGAUUUCUCGUUGGAAAGGAGACCCUAAACUGUUCUAUGGCCACCCAACGUAUCGCGUUUUCCUCGCAGAGAUCUUCCAAGUCCUUGUCCCUCCUCCGUGGACCCCCGUCGUCCACGGCCAACAGCCCCUGUCUCUCGUCUCAUUUCCGACCGCUUUUGGCCACACCCCACGGCGCAGCAACAUGGUCAGUGCCUUCCACCAAUUUGGCCACCUCCACCUCCGUCUCCUCCGCCCCGCCUCCACCACUGGGCUCCUCUGAUCUGGACCAACAACAGCGGACGAAAUCCACCCAUGCCAUCACCCCCUACAACACGGAAGAAGUGUUCACAGCUGUUGACGGUUACGUUGUGACGGCUAAAGGCUACAAAAAGAAGGUGGACAUUUUGGAUCUCAGUUUCGCCGACCAUCGGGCAGCCUUCAAGAGCAAAUCAACAUGGGACAUUAUCAGAGCUUUGGUUGUCUUCAACCUUUGCUCGGUUCGACCAUUGGUGGAGCACAAUGCCAAGACGGGAAUAGGCCCAUUAGAGCUCAUGAAAAUCGGCCAAACCAUCAUGGGGAAGAAGCUCUUCGGCCAAUUGAUGAAAGGUACCUUCUACGGCCAAUUUGUGGCUGGAGAGGACCAGGAACGAAUCAAGCCGGUCAUUCGUCACAUGCACAGUUAUGGAGUCAAGUCCAUCUUGGAUUACUCCGUCGAAGAAGAUAUUUCGGAUGAGAAGGCUCAAGAGAAGGAGUUGAAUGAUCUCAUUUUCAGAGGAGCUGUUCCAGAGAAGGAGACCUUGGAAGACUUCAAGGACCUGGAGAACAAGGGAACUUAUGAAGAUCAAAUCAAGCGGUACAAACCGCAUCGCAGUGCGGUGAGCAACCGCAAGUACAAGGUCAGUGGCGCUCGGACCUAUUUCUAUGAAGGCGAGGCCUCUUGCGAGAAAAACAUGGAGACAUUCCUGCGUUGCAUUGAAGCUGUUGCCGAUUCCACCCACGGAACCGGAUUCUCAGCCAUCAAGGUCACGGCCUUGGGUCGGCCCAGCCUCUUGCUCCAAUUGUCCGAGGUGAUCGUACGAGCCCGCCGAUUCUAUCAAAAUGUCAGCGGCCAUGAUGGUUUUGUGAUUGAAGGAAAAGUCAGCAAAGAGGCCUUUGAACAGCGGUUCAAGCAGAAAGUCAAUUACGACAAGUAUGAGCCGGAAGUCCAAGACUGGCUGGGCAACAUGACCUUCGAUAAGAAAGGAUUAAUCCACAUGUUCUCCUGGUCCGGGUUGAUCGACUCUCAGCUUCUUCUCAAGGACGUUUUCCGAGUCCCCAACCUCAAGACCGGACACAUGGUCAGUCUUAUGGAUGCUCUCACGGAUGAAGAGGAGGAACAGUUCAGGAACAUGCUCAACAGAAUCCAAACAGUGUUCCAGGCUGCAAAAGAUUUGGACGUCCGCGUGAUGGUGGACGCGGAACAGACCUACUUUCAACCGGCAAUUCACAGGCUCACAAUGGAAAUGCAGAAGAAAUUCAACACCGAGAAAGCCAUUGUAUUCAAUACCUACCAAUGCUAUCUGAAGAUUGCUUAUCAUUCCUUGGUGUUGGAUCUUGAGCAAGCCCAACGACAGAACUUUUAUUUUGGAGCCAAGUUGGUCCGUGGAGCCUACAUGGAACAGGAGCGAGGUCGAGCCAAACAACUUGGCUACGAGGAUCCUAUCAACCCCACGUACGAAGCCACCUCCGAUAUGUACCAUCGAUGCCUGAACGAAUGCAUGCGGAGAAUGUCAGAAUUGAAACAACUCGGGGAUGGCAGUGAGCAGAGGAUUGGAAUCAUGGUGGCCAGUCACAAUGGAGACACCAUUCGAUAUGCCAUCCAAAGAAUGGAGGAGCUCGGUAUUAAGCCUGAGGAUCGCUUGAUUUGCUUCGGUCAGCUCUUGGGAAUGUGUGACAAUAUUUCGUUUCCAUUGGGUCAAGCCGGAUACUCUGUCUACAAAUACGUCCCAUACGGUCCCGUAAAUGAGGUUCUGCCUUAUCUGUCAAGGCGAGCCCAAGAGAACCAGGGCAUGUUGAGCAAAUUGAAAGUGGAGAAGAAGCUCAUGAUGAAGGAGUUGCUGCGAAGGACAAUGCGACUUCAGUUGUUAGGCAAGCCCCAAGGUGAUUAUGUGCCUGUUGGAUUCGAGGACGUGAAGGUCAAAUAAAGAGUGGCCCUCCCCAAGCUUCAUCCGUAAAUGCAUUUGAAGGCAUGGUGAUUUCAUUCUGACUAGCAGCCCUUUAUAUUACUACACCUACCUACAAACAUUCGCCCGUCUACAAGAUUAACUUUAAGAUCGUUGAUUCCGCCAUUCUUGGUUGUGUGCAAGAAGCAAGAAAGAAAGCCUAUUGAAGCAAUCAAUCGAUCCAUAUUGGAAGUUUUCCAUAUCGAUAUCCCCGAUUGCUGUUUGUUACACUUGAUCUGUGAUUGGGAUUCAAGUUGUCCCUCUCUUUCUCAAUGAAAACAAAACUCUUACGACUUUCACGGAUCUGACCCGAUAUUACCAGGAACGUACUCCGGCAAUCCGAUUCCCUCCCAAACUAUUAUUCAAGCAAUCCCAAAGGUGUGUGUUUGUCCAUUGAGAACGCGAAAAGUAACAACAAGAAAGCUUUCAAAAGUUGGAUCCCAAUGUGCUUCUAUCCCUCUCUCAAUCCUUCUCUCUUUCUCUUCUCGUUUCCUCUCAAGUUCUACAGCACUCUAGAGAUACUACUACUACUACUACUACUACUACUACUACUACUACUACUACUACUACUACUACUACUACUACUACUGCUACCACAUACUAUAUUUACGAUAUAGCUGCCCUCUCACGAAUAGAACUUAACAUUGUUCAGUUUUGAAGAAGUAUUUUUGAAGCCUUGAAGCUUCUUGAGAGCCCCAUUCCUAUUUUGUCCCUUAUUCAAUUUUGAAUUCCAGUUCCAUGAAGUAUAACCAAUUCAAUGCUUACCAUAAAACACUUAGGGCAAAGCAAUGUAACGCCUAUUACGGAUCAUUGUAACAAUUAAGAAGAACAUAAAAUUCGAGACAAGAAUAAAAAAAUAGAAAACA